CAAACGUUAUUCAAAGUACAACCCCCCUGCUCCAGGAUAUUACCUCUUACCCUAGGGAAAGAAUGCUGGCAAAGCAUUUUUUACCCCAUGGAAAGCACUUUUAAGACUGUCAAACUUUGAGAGGGUAUUCAUUUCAACAAUUUGGAUGUAAUUCAUAACUUUAGCCUUUUAUCAAUCCACUUUAGGUUAACCUAUAGAUAAGGAUAUCUGUUUUAUGACAAUCACAGAAGAACUUUGAAUCUGCUAAAACGUCACAAAGAAAGUAUUCUCCAUAGUUAACACACGAGCAGAUCUUCACCAGCUCAGUGAAAGCCAGAUACAUUGUUCCGUGCAAGAAUGAAGACUUUGCAGACUACUUUUUUUUUGUUUGUGUUUGUACCUUUGGUAAAUUCAGCACCACCUAUACAGCAAGAAUCACUCCAGUUUUAUGAGUAUGAUACAGAUGUUACCAUGGGAAGCCUGAUCCAACAAGAUUAUGAAAUGCAAUCCAAGGAUUUACGAAAGGAUGGAACAAAUGUUUCUCUUGACACUUCCCUAAGACUGCAAGGGGAUGACAGUGAACGCAAUGUACCACCAACAAAGGAUACAAAUUUACCUACUUGUCUGCUCUGUGUGUGUUUAAGCGGAUCAGUGUACUGCGAGGAAAUAGACAUCGAAGCUGUACCCCCACUGCCAAAGGAAACAGCAUAUCUUUAUGCACGAUUUAACAAAAUAAAAAGGAUAGCAGUCUCAGAUUUUGCUGACAUUACUACCUUGAGAAGAAUUGAUUUUAGUGGAAAUAGGAUAGAAGAAAUAGAAGAUGGAGCCUUUUCAAAGCUUCUGUUAUUGGAAGAACUUUCUCUUGCUGAAAACCGACUUAUAAAACUUCCUGUUCUACCUCCCAAACUAACAACAUUUAAUGCAAAUCAAAAUAGAAUCAAGAGCAGAGGAAUCAAAGCAAAUGCUUUCAAGAAGCUGACAAAUUUGGCCUACCUCUAUUUAGGACAUAACGCACUGGAAUCUGUUCCCCUUAACUUACCGGAAAGUCUGCGUAUUCUUCACCUUCAGUACAACAAUAUUACUACAAUCACCGAUGACACAUUCUGCAAAUCUAAUAACACACGUUACAUCCGCACACGUAUGGAUGAGAUAAGGAUGGAAGGCAAUCCGAUCCUCUUGGCAAAGCAUGUUAAUGCUUUUUCCUGCUUGAGAACACUGCCUGUAGGAACAUACUACUAGCCACCACUUACGUAAUUAUACAUGCCAAAAUUUAAACAUGGUAACAGAUCAUUCUUUUUCCUCUGUUUACAUGUUUCUAUCCUCUCCCUUACUAAUGCCAUUUUCCCUGCAUACCCAGAACCUUUUACUAUGUUGAAAUGUGGUUCUCCUCUGAAAUAACUAUUUCAACACAGCCACUUUAUUUAGUAGUUACAAUGUCGCCCAUGCUUUCAGAAUCUUUUCUGUUAAUGAAAGUGUAAAGUGUAAAAAUACAUAUACACACACACUUAUCUUCUCAUUUUUUAUUUCACCACAUAUUCUUUACGUGUAGGUGAAAAUCACACAAGUAACUGCUUGUUCACAUUCUUCACCAGUACCCAGAAUAAUCACUACAUUUUACUUUCAAAUAAAUGCAAAACAUUCUUUGAGCAAGCUACAGAGGAAAAAUACAUCUUAAUUCCAAUCCCAUUUUUUUAACCUGAAAUGAAACUUUUCCAGCUGACCUUCAAAAGUGCAUUGGAUGAAGUUGCAUACAAAAGGAAAGUUAUGUUUAGAAAUAGAACUUCUCAAAGUUUAACUGCAUUAAAUCUUCCUUAAAAACUUCAUUUGUGGAAAAUGAGAAUAAUUCCUAUUUAGGCUUACCGUACAAAGCAACAUAGCAAGUGGAACUUCUCAAAGAUGUGUUAAAUCUCCUUCUGCUAUAGCUAUCAAAAUAAUCUAAGAGUGUGUGUGUAUAUAUUAUAUAUCUAUUUUAUUUUUACACAAGUUAUUUUUAAUUGAAAUAUAUGAAUUUUACUCAGCUGUACUCAAAAGAGUUAUUUUUGCAACACCAGGUUCUCAUUUUAAUACAAUGGUCAAUGUACAGCAUAAUAUGACUCCAAGUAUCUUUGCUAUUAACAGAUGAUGUAGACCAAGCCUUGUUCCACUGAUUUUUCUUGACAAGGAAAUGUGUGACAAUAUAAUUAACAGCAAAGCUGAAUUAAUGUUUUUACCUGUAAAUAAGUAAGAUUUCAGCUAGAUGUCAGUGCAAAGAUGAUGUACCCUUGUACAACAAUACUUUCGCUCAUUAGGGAAAAAUCAAAUCAGAUCUUUAAAUUAAAAAGAAAAGUUGAGUCUAUCAUUAAUCUAAAAAUAGUGUUAACUUCAAGCAAAUUAAACUGGCAUCAUUUCACUCAACUACUUUAAGCCAUGCAGCAUAUUAGCAACACAAAUUGAUGUGUGCAGCCCUCAACAGUCAGUUCACCUAAAACUAGACAUAACUGAUACAGGACACAAUGUUUUUAAUUACACAACUAUACAUUUCUGACAUUUCAUUUUCAGUUUCUCCCCUGGAAUACCUACUGCUGGCGUAAAGUCUUCAGAUAAAUGAAUGCCAAAAGUAUGCUAGUUACCAUUACCAGAUCGACUUCAUACUAAUUUUGAAGCUAGUAUAGAUUCCUAAUUUGUAGAAAUAGUUAAGUAUCAAAUGCAUGAUGAUGUAUCACUACAACUAGAAUACCGAUUUUACAAGAUAUUUUGUAUUAGUUUUAUUUAUCUUAUUUAGCUAAGCCUUGAUUUGUUAGUGCUUGUGCUAUGGGGAAUUAAGUGCACACUUAAUUCUGAACAUACUGAUGCUCUGCCACUAAGAGUGUUGAGACCCAACUGACUUUCAGUCACUUUUUAAGUAACUACGUCAAGCAUCAGCUGUGGGCUCAUCUUUCUGGAAAGAGGAUGCAGUUCUGAAAUUCAGGACAAAAAUAUUUUUGCCCUGAACCCAUUACCCAAGAAGGACAUAGCAAUCCCCAAUAUUUUCCAUUUUAAGUGAUUUGGUAUAACAAGAAAGAAAUUCCAUUGUCUAAUACAACUGAGAAAAAACCAAGCCCAACAGUGAGAAUAAUACUUGGUUUUCAUUUUCUCGUAUAAGUCAUAAAACUUUGAUGUUUCCAGGUUUUUAGCAAAAGGUAAAAAAUAACCCCAAAGCAUGUAAAAAUACAUUCCAACUUCAAGCCAAAUUUAUACUAGGAAAAGAUAAAAGCCACCAACUUUCUCAAGCCUCUUUUGACAAAUGCCUAAGAUGGAGAAAACACAGCUGGAAGUGUAAGCGUAGUAACGUUACAUAAGCAGCGGCUUCUGAUCUUAUUCUCAUCACAAAUCAUUAUUAGUAAAUAAAGCUCUUUCCAGUAUUAAUAGGAUCAGUAAAUAUCACCAACACUCUUCCUAUGAAAACAAUUAUGCGUAUACACAAAUAUAUGCACAUUUAUGUAAUACAUACAUACAUGUAAACAUUCUAAGACCUAACCACUACCACAUUAUAAAUUUUACGUUAAAAUGUUGUACAUAUUUUUGAAAAAGUACUAAAUAUCAACAGUAACACUAAUUAAUGCUCUUAAUAUUUUGUAAGCAAACCAAAGUAGACAACUUGUACCUUCUGAACGCCUCAUGCAGGCAAUAAUUUACUCUGAUAUGUUUUAAUUUACUUCCUUGUUUAUAGCAAAUUAAUCCAUCAAAACAUUAAGUGAGAAGGGCUUCAGCAUGCAGGAUAUAUUGCCUUCUAUUUGUGUGACCAGUACUAACAUCAAGCUGAAUGUACACCAUUCUAUUUUUUUUCCUAUCAUUCAUCUCUGUUCUGUAUUUCCAAUAAAACUUGAAUUUCUUUUCUUGUUUAUCAAUAUGCACUUCGACAAUCUGCUCUUCCAGCAAUGCCAACAUGCUUCAGUUGUUUAGCCUCAUAGCAGACUAAAGGUGCACCUAAAUCAGAAAAUUAUUUGCAGUUGUAAAUCCAUUUUGCAGAGAUAAUAUUUAUUUUGGCAAUACAGUAAGACCUGCCUUACAAGUAAUGCCAUACAAAACACUUGUGGGACAUUUUGCUCACCUCUUCAAAAAUCUAUUUAAAGCACUACCUUGCAGAUUUUUUCAGUAGAAUAGAGGAGCAGCAGCAGAAGGUAGUAACGGUACGCUCAACUCUUGAUUUUGUGUGUGUGUGAAGCAUGCAAGUUGUAGACUAACCUGUUUCAGUAAAAUGCCGCAACUGCCGAAGCACAAUGUCAGGGAGUAUAUAAUGCAGAGCACAAAAUGCUUACAGCUGAACAUUGCUCUACUCACACCAACCUAAAUCUGCCCCUGCUUUCUUGGAAAGCCUUCUUACAGUCAAAUCAAUGUGUAUUUUAAAUUGCAUUUUUUGCAUAAUCCAAGUUAUCCAUCCCACCAUUACUCUUGUUAACUGGGAAAACUCUCACUACAAAACUGCUAUUUGUGACAGUCAACUUUUUAGAGAUACAGUGCUGUCCAGCUUUGCUUGAAACUUGCAAUUGUCAUUCAUCUCAAACAUUCAUUAUUAUUUGAAGUAUUCAAUCACUUCUACAUUAUUCCUUUCAAGUACCAAAACAAACAGAAAAGAAAAAAUAAUCUACCUUUCCCUGUUCUUACACUACCCUGUAAGAAAACCAUUAGAAGCACUGUCUAUUUCUACUUAACAGCCUCGGUAAUUUUCUUUUAAAUAACAAAAUAUUAGAAAAACUAUAAACCCAAAACCCCACCCCAAAUAGUCUUCUCUCCAAUACUGUGCAUGGUUACUUGCCUAUAUACUUGAAGUCUAGCAAGCAGGUAGGAAAAAAAAAAAUAUACAAAGAUUACAGACUCAUUUUUUAAUGCUGUCCGUGUGUGAAUAUUAACAGGAUAAAACUCUUCAGUUGUUUUUAUGCAUAUGUUAAAAGCAUACUUCUACUUGCUUUCACACAAAUUACUACAGAAUAUUAAGCUACAAAUAUACAUUCUCCUCAACAAUCUGGUUAUUUGAAUUGUCAGAUUUCAUCUUUGAACGCUUUAUUAAUUGAACACUUUAAUUAAUUCCCUUAAACCUCAGAAAGUAUUCUUUUUCUAAAUGAAAUCAUUACUAACGCUAGCAGAAAUAAGAAGGCCUAAAAAACUCUUCCUAAGCACAUAGUGAAUCAUACGUGACAAAUAUUCUCCCAAAUUGGUUUGCCUUUCUCAACAGCAUCUUUGUCCAUGGAAAGAAAAAUACCUUUAGAAAGGAUAUUUGUAAUAUCAACAAACUUGUAAUAUAUGUCUUCAGUGAACUUAUUUUCACACAUCUUUUAGCAAUAAAUAUAUCCCUUCGUUGUUUAUACUCAAUGUCUCAACAAAUACUUUUUAAAACUGCACACAAAAGAUACACACAACAAUUUUAAAAUAAUCUCCAGAACUACCUCCUUUCUAUUUUUUCAUUUUUGUACUGAAUUUUAAAAUGAGAAAUAUUUACAACAGUUCACUGAAUCACUGUCCCAGAAAUCACAGUGACUGCUGUCAUGAGGCUGAUCUAAGGAUCAGAAAGCAUCAAGUGAAGUUGGAAAAAAAAAAACAAUCAAAAAACCCUACACCACAAAGCCAUAAAGCCCUUGGUGCUCUACCUUCUUUAUGGAAGGAUUAAAGAAAAGUCCUUAUACAACAACCAGCAGGAUUAAACAACAUCAGUUUAUUACUCAGCUGAGGACAGGUUUUGAUUUUUUUUUUUUUAACAUUAUCAGAAAUUAGCACUUUUUCUUUAAUCUGGUUGAUUUGAUAAUAGAAAUUGAUUAAGCUAGCACAGAACUCAGAAAGGCCUAAAAGUUUCAAAAAGUAGGAAACAAAACAGUUCCCACUUCAUACUACAGCUGAAAAGCAAAGAUGGUGCCAACUUUAAUGACAGUAAAUGCUUGAGCUAAAUAAAACUAAACUAAAAAACCCACACACAAUUAAGCAGCUAAACAUCUUCCUCCAACAUUAAGCAUCAUAUAAGACAUUCUGUGUCUGUAAGACUGCAGUAUUUUUACUCCAAGGAUUAGUUGUUUAUCUUAAAGCCAGUACAAAGACAAAGCAAACAAGCCAAAUAAUGGUAAUUUAAAAGUUCAAAUACUAUGUUCCAGUUAAGAGUGAGAACAGUUUGUUUCCCAUUCAAGUAAAACACUUCAGAACUGAAAGUGCUGUCGCCCAAACACAUGCUGCCACAUUUUCGAGAGACAGAUCCAGUCCUUCAGAACUAACAUUUAAAUGCCAAAGACUACAAAUGUUAUUUUCCUUUAAUUUCUUCUUUUACCCUUUUUUUUUCCAAAAUGAAAUGUAAUACAGAUGAAAAACUGUCUUACUGCCCCACAGAAAGGCACAGAUUUUCUUAUUUCCCCCCAUGUAAGAGGAACACAGCAAUAGCAUGGUAAAAAUCAAGACAAAUACCAAGCAAGGGCAUUGCCCCUUGAACACAACACAAAAAUCUUUAGCUAAUACUCUCUUCUCCACAACA